UCUACCCACCCUUCUUACUGCCGCGUUAUUGCCACAUGGCCCUUGAGCUGGAUGAAGUCCGGAGGCAGCCCCUGCUUGCCGCUUCUGAGUCCGCUCCUGCUCCGGCACCUCAAAGCGAGAAGGCGGCAAACGAUGAACAAGCAGAAAAAGUGCCAAACCCGGCUAAUGCUGACGGCAGCGGCGAGCGCCAAGCUGAUGCAACAAGCUGCAUUCCACGCAUGUCUACAGCACAGGAAUCAAGCUCAGAGGAGCCGCUGCGAGUCACCAGUGUCAAAGUCGAAGGCAAGGCCACCAUUCAACGAAUCGAGCUAAGCUACAGCGAUGGGUCAGUGUGGGCCAUGGGCCCACCAGUGGCCAGAGCAAAGAAAGCUGCAAAAUCUAAGAACAGGAAAGACGAUGGUGUACGACUGAUGGUUUCCUGGCACUAUGAUGCAGCAAGGGUGAAUCAAAGAAGUAACACAUGAGCCACUGCUCCAAUGGUGGUGGGUUGGUGCAGCCCUACACCUGCGCACCAACAAAGGACGCUGCCUAGAAGCUUGUGGAACAUGGUCUUCAGGGCUCGAGGAGAACGUGGAGGUCUUCAAAGCGGCACCUGGAUGUGCAGUGCUGGGACUCCGUUUGCACAAUGGCCGCUGUCAUGGCAUUGUCGAAGGCCCCGCCCCUCCUGUGGACGAUCUCGAGCUGAAGAUGUGGGCAGUGUAUUGGCUGGCAGAAGGGAGCGCUGACGACGAGGUUCAAAGCCGCAACUUCGUUGGCCGUGAAUCGGCUUUCAGCUUUGCCCAGCGCCUGGGAGGAGGUCAAGAGAUGGCCUGGCAAUGUGGCCCUUUGAGGUUUUCUGUGUCAGAUCAUCCUUGGCUUGAUUGCUUUCGAGACUUGCGGGACCUUUUGCGGCCUGCUCGCUUGGCAGCCCUGGAGGCUCGGGAAGUCAAUGGAGGGCCAGGAGAGUCCUAUGUGGAAUUCCCCUCUGGAGAAAGACCUGGCGCAGGCAUUGUCCUGGAUUUGGUGUCUACCUCACGAGUUAAAGCUUGGGGACCUCACCCGCGGCGAAAAAAAUGCGAAGAGUUGGCAUCAGAGCAAGGCCAGUUCAACCUGAAGCGCUGGCGGGACAUGUCCAUGUCCCUUGCAGAGACGAUGGAAAGAAUCCAGUCGGCGAGGCCAACUUUGGGGCGCUUGCUGGCAAUGAUGGACUUACGACGUCAUUUAGCCAGGACCUUGUUUACUGCUGGCAUUGCUGCUGUGAUGAGCACCUGCGAUAGCGUGAAGACAGUCCUGUCCGGGGCAGUUUUCACCUUGAUCAAUGCUAGCGAGCAGGAGGUGAAGAAGGACAGUCAUUUUCUGCACUUCAUAUGCUCUUGGACGUUUGGGUGUGGUUCCCGACUCUCACUUGCAAAGAGCUUGAUUUUGGGCCUGAUGCUUUUGGCCGUCUUGAAGGGCACAGUGAGCGUCAUCUCCCAGCACGUCACCAAAGCAUUCAAGGACUCAUAUCGAGUUCAAUCACGGACUGAGCUCUUCGACCACUUGCUAGCUCAAGACCUGGAAGAGUUUGAGAAGCAGACUGCGAGAGUCAUGGCAAACAAAGCUUCCCCAAUGGUUAUGGAUAGCAUGCCCCUCAUGGUGACCUCGAUGGUAAGAACACUCACAGAACUCUUGACAUCGCUGAUUUUCCUCUACUCGAUCUCCCCGCUGAUGACCUUCAUGUACGCUACCGCUGUUCCUGCUUUUCAAGUGGCAGCUCAAGCCUACCUGAGAAAGCAAGCCAAAGGCAGCUUGCGGCGGGAACGUGGUCUGGAGGGAGUGGCUAAUAGAGUUGUUGCAGAAGCGUGCGAAAUGAUCAAGGUCGUCAAAACCUUCUCGCGCGAGGAUGGGCAUACAUCCUUGCAGAAAUUAUCGCUGGAAGAGGCUGCUGGCAUGAAGCUGACUGUAACACAGGGCGUCGCACAGGUUGCCGCUGACACCUUGCAGCAGGCAAUCUACUGUGUCUCGCUGUGGCUGGGCCUUGUUUGGGUAAAUGUGGAUUCCUCUGCGGCAGAGAUGACCUCCUUCCUGCUGCUUGUGAGCAAACUUGGCCACCAAGUGAACAGCUUCAAGUCUCAAGUGGAGGACCUCUUCAAUACCAGUGACAGCCUUGCCGAGCACUUUGAAUUUCUGGACCAACAGCCAAAAAUCUUUCCAGGUACAUAUGAUGGACCUGUCGAAGGGCAUGUGGUGUUCGAAGAUGUAUCUUUUGCGUAUCCGACGCGGCCAGAGCAGAAAGUCCUGCACGGUUUGUCGAUGGAACUGCAGCCUGGAAAAACCACCGCUCUUGUUGGUGCAUCUGGGUCUGGCAAGAGCACCACAGUGCAGCUCAUUUUCCGUUACUACGAUCCCUUUGAGGGAACAAUUUUCAUCGACGGAGUGCCCUUGAAAGACUGGGAACUGACCCAUUUGCAUCGGCACAUGGCGCUGGUAGCUCAAGAGCCGGUGCUUUUUAAUACCUCUGUGCGCCAGAAUUUGCUCUAUGGUUUGCCUCAGUGCCGUAUUGAAUCCGAUCCCAAGGAUUUUGAAGACCAAAUGAUUGCAGCUGCGAAGGCUGCAUGUGCACACGAAUUCAUUUCCAACUUCCCGGGUGGCUACGACACCAACGUCGGAGAUCGUGGAGGUCAAGUCUCUGGAGGCCAAAAGCAACGCCUCUCCGUGGCACGGGCCAUCCUCAUGCAGCCUAGGAUCCUAGUUUUGGACGAGGCCACGAGCGCAUUGGAUGCGGAGAGCGAAGCCAUUGUACAGGAGGCCCUGGAUCGCCUUGUGGCCAGCAGUGGAAGCAGUGUUAUGGUCAUUGCACAUAGACUGUCGACAGUGCGGCAAGCAGAUGAGAUUAUUUGCCUUCGUGAAGGGCAUGUUGUGGAGCGUGGCACAUCCAAAGAAUUAAUGGAGCUUCGGGGGUACUACUUCACACUUGUUGAAAAGCAGGCUGUGACUCUCGAUGAUAUUGGUGGAGCCAACGCCGAAAUUGACCGUUCUUUGGGCUGGCGUGCAAAGGCCAAAGCCAAGGUCAAGGCCAAAUCCAAGGCGGCCGCUGCUGCGGCAACGGAGGCAGCCGAGGCUGAAGAUGCAGAGGAGACAUGACAUGAGACAAAAAGGAGAUUUGUUACUGCCGAUGUUUCUGUUGCUAUCGAUCGUUGAUGAUUUGUGUAUUGCUCCGCUUCGGCAGAUUGACUGGUUUGAUUCUUGAUGUUUGACAUGCUGCUUCUCAGCGACUAAUUGGC